AUGGGCAAAGCCAAAGCUGACCCAGCCCUGGCCACGGCCACGAGGCUGUCACAGGUCAAGUGUUUGCCCAUCCGAGCCAAUGUCACCAGCGAGGCCGAGUUCCAGGGUGCAAUUGCGCAAGCAGUGGCUGAAUUUGGACGCAUCGACUAUGCCGCAAACUUUGCCGGCAUCGGUGGCCCCCAUAAACACAUUUCAGAAAUCACGGUGGAAGAGUGGGAGCAAGUGCUGGCCGUCAACACGACCGGAGUGUUCAUCAGCACCAAACACGAGCUGUUGCAGAUGAUGAAACAGGACUCUGUCGAAGUGUACGUUCCGUUCGGGCACCUCCUAACGCUCUGA